AUGGCUCAGCGACGUAAAAAGAACGCCCCUCCCCCAGGAAAACCAAGCGACGCGGCCCAGGGCCAGCGAUUGCAGAAGGUCCUCGCCGCCGCGGGCAUCGCCAGCCGCCGGGCGUGUGAGGAGUACAUCGUUGCCGGUCGUGUUACGGUCGACGGGGAGAUCGUCACCGAAUUAGGCACGCGUGUUGAUCCUCAAGAGCAGGACAUUGCCGUCGACGGGGUCCGUCUGCGUCGUCCCAAGCUUGUCUACUACGCGGUAAACAAGCCGGUGGGCAUCGUCUCGACGAACAGCGACCCCAGCGGCCGCCCCCGAGUGAUCGACCUGGUGCCUGCGCAAGGUCAGCGGUUAUUCACCGUGGGCCGGCUCGAUAAGUCCAGCGAAGGGCUCAUUCUGGUGACCAACGAUGGAGAACUCGCCCAACGGUUGACCCAUCCACAAUACGAGGUGGAGAAGACCUACGACGUGGUCGUGGCCGGCGAUCUUUCGCCCGCCCAGGCGAAAGAAGUCGAACGGGGCGUUUAUCUUUCCGAUGGCUUAGCCCAGGUGGCGGGGCUGAAAAUCAAGAACCGCGGCCCCAAGAGCACCCGGCUGCAGAUGAUCCUCCGCGAAGGCCGGAAUCGCGAGAUUCGUCGCGUGCUGGCUCGCGUGGGGCACAAGGUGUUGCAGCUUCGUCGGGUUCGCAUCGCUGGCCUGUCCUUGGGCGACCUGCAACCAAGCGAAUUUCGCCAACUCAACGCCGGCGAAGUCUCGAUGCUCCGCCGUUCGGUUCACCGCGCGGCUGCUGAUGCCGCCCCCAGCGAUGCUCGGCGACGGAAACGUCCUGCGAAGAAGAGUGCCGCUAGUUCCGAGGAACGACCCCGCUCCGGUGCUCCAGGCUCCGGGGCAGGGCGGAAGAAAGGCUCCGCAGGCAGUGGACGGAAGAAUAGUGCUUCCACUGGCGGCCGCCCCUCAACUGGCUCGGGUGGAAAGAAGGGCGGCAAGGGACGUCCCAAAAAAUCAAAAACGCCCGGAGGUCGUCCGGCCAAGGGGAAGGGCCGCAAUAAGGCGAUUCAGCUCACCACCACCAUCGAGCAGAACGAACGAAUCGCUCACGACACCUACCGGCUGCGGUUCGAAUGCCCGGAGACGGCACGACGCAUUUUGCCUGGGCAGUUCGUCAUGAUCCGCCUGGCCGGUUUCGACGACCCGCUGCUGGGGCGUCCGCUGGCGCUGUAUGAAGUGAUCAACGACGAUGCCGGCCAGCCCCGGGCGAUCGACGUGGUUUAUCUGGUGAUGGGCAAGCUCACCUCCCGCUUGGCCCAAUGCCAGCCAGGGCAGCCGCUGGAGGUUUGGGGCCCACUGGGAAACGGUUUCACACCGCAGCCGACGGAACACCUAGUGAUGGUGGCCGGCGGUAUCGGACAAACCCCGUUUCUGGCCGUGGCGGCCGAGUACUUGGGCAAACAAUCGUUUGGCGAUCCGGCUCGAGCUUGCCCGGCGGCGAAGCAAGUCACGCUCUGCUACGGGGCCCGUCGGGCAGAUCUGUUGGCCGGUGUCGAAGAUUUCCGCAACCUUGGCGUUGAUGUUCGCAUCAGCACCGACGAUGGAUCGGCCGGGCAUCACGGUCUGGUGACCGAUUUGCUGUCCGAAAUUCUGGGGAACCGGGAAAGCGGCGUCCGUGUCCUCACGUGUGGCCCCGAACCGAUGCUUCAGGCGGUGGCCGACGUGACCGAACUGUUUGAAACCCCUUGCCAGGUUUCGCUGGAAACUCCCAUGGCCUGCGGGAUGGGCAUCUGCUUUAGCUGUGUCGCCAAAGUGCGUGACACCGAUGGUGAGUGGGAUUAUCGCCGCACUUGUGUCGAAGGCCCCGUGUUCGACGCCCGCUCUAUCGUGUUCGACUAG